GUUACAUGUUUUGCUUGUUUCUUUUCAUCCCGCAGAGGAUUUGGUGCUUAGUGUCAAAGAGUUGAAGGAUGAAGUUCCCGAAGAAUAUUUAAGUCACAAAGAACGCUACGAGAACGCAAUCCGAAAGGCCAGUUUAUUGUUUAAAAUUCUCCAGAAAUAUUUCGAGACGCACAACUUAUUGGACAUAUUCAGUCCAACAAACAAGUACCGGGUGCAGUUCGGAGUUCUCAAGGAUGUGUCACCGUUUCUGGUUCACAUGGGUAUGUUCCUGCCGACGCUCUUGCAUCAAACCACUCCUGAACAAGCAGCCGAGUGGGUCCCUAAAGCGCAGAGCAUGCAGAUGAUCGGCACUUAUGCACAGACCGAGUUGGGUCACGGCACCUUCCUGAGAGGCUUGGAAACGACAGCAACUUACGACGCGAAAGCCGAAGAGUUUAUACUGAACACACCAACGCUGACUUCAUUCAAAUGGUGGCCCGGUGGAUUGGCCCACACCGCCAACCACUGCGUUGUGGUAGCCCAACUCUACACAAAAGGAAAGUGCUAUGGUGUUCAUCCGUUCCUCGUGCAAAUUCGGGACUUGGAAACGCACAUGCCGAUGCCUGGUAUCAAAAUUGGCGAAAUUGGAUCGAAGCUUGGUUACAACACGGUCAACAAUGGUUUCCUUGGCUUCAAUAAAGUUAGAAUACCGAGGACUAAUCUUCUGAUGAAGAAUGCUCAAGUUCUGAAGGACGGGACCUAUGUAAAAGCGAAAAGCGAGAAGUUGACUUAUGGCACGAUGGUAUUGAUACGCGUUCUGAUUGUGACUGAUAUGGCGUACGAAUUGGCCCGAGCGUCCACCGUCGCUGUCAGGUACUCGGUCGUCCGGCACCAGUCGCAACCGAAGCCGGGGCUGGCUUGCGGUGGACACGGAUACAUGAAGUCUUCAAGCUUCCCUUUUAUUCAGGCCAUCGUCACGGCCAGUGUGACUUACGAAGGAGAAUACACGGUUAUGAUGCUGCAAACUGCAAGAUAUCUUAUGAAGACUUUGAAGCAAGCAUUGUCUGGUAAAGCGAUAACAUCAACUGUGGCCUAUCUGUUGGACUUUGACAAGAACAGUAAUCGUAAUUGGCAGAAUACUCCCGAAGGCAUCGUCAUAGGGUUCCAGGCAAUCGCAGCAGGAUUAACAAAGGCAGCUUACGAUGAAAUAGAGAAACACGAAAAGACUGGAUUAGAUUACGAAGAUUCUUGGAAUCAGGCUUCCGUGCAACUUGUGAGAGCUAGUGAGGCACAUUGCCGGGUGAUUAUCUGCGAGAAAUCUUGGCUUGAAGCGCAGCGACUCACAAAAUCGCUCUCCCCUGCUCUGUCGAAGGUGUUGCUGGAACUGGUUGAAUUGUACAUUAUUUAUUGGGCGUUGGAGAAAAAGGGAGACUUUCUAGUGUAUACUAAAAUGCAAAAGGAUGACGUUAUGCAACUACAGCAGAGAUAUGAAGAGUUGCUGGCAGUAAUUCGACCUAACGCAGUCGGUUUAGUGGACGGCUUCGACAUCAGAGACGAGAUUCUGAACUCCACACUGGGGGCGUACGACGGGCGCGUGUACGAGCGCCUGAUGGAGGAGGCGCUGAAGAGUCCUCUCAACGCGGAGCCCGUUAACAGAUCCUUCCACCAGUACCUCAAACCUUUCAUGACUGCGAAACUGUAAACAUGCUCUUGACUA